AUGCAAAACCUGCUUCUCCCGAACGCGGCCGCCGCGCCCUUCUGCGCGCCGCCGGGGCGGCCAUCCCGCCUCUCCGUUCGCGCCUCGGCAGUGUCAUCGUCGGCGCCUCGGCGGGAGACCGACCCGAGGAAGCGGGUGGUGAUCACGGGGAUGGGCCUGGUGUCGGUGUUCGGGAACGACGUGGACGUGUACUACGAGCGGCUCCUCGCCGGGGAGAGUGGCGUCGGCGCCAUCGACCGUUUCGACGCCUCCGGGUUCCCCACGCGCUUCGCCGCCCAGAUCCGCGGCUUCUCCUCCGAGGGCUACGUCGACGGCAAGCUCGACCGCCGCCUUGACGACAUCCACCGCUACGCCCUCGUCGCCACCAGGAAGGCCCUCGAGUGCGCAAGCCUCGCCCCCGGCACCAGCGCCAUGGAGAAGGUCGACAAGGAACGGGCCGGCGUGGUCGUCGGCUCCGGCAUGGGCGGCAUCACGGCGCUCUCCGACGGCAUCGCCAGCCUCGUGACCAAGGGGUGCGGGAAGAUAUCUCCCCUGUGCAUCCCGCACGCCAUAACCAACAUCAGCUCCGCCUUGGUCGCCAUGGGCACUGCCGACGGCUUCCGAGGCCCGAACUACUCGAUCUCCACCGCGUGUGCCACCUCCAACCACUGCUUCAACAGCGCCGCCGACCAGAUCCGACUGGGCCGAGCCGACGUCAUGAUCGCCGGUGGCACCGAAGCUGGCAUCAUCCCGAUCGCCCUCGGCGCGUUCUUCGCGUGCAGGGCGCUGUCGCAGAGGAACGUCGACCCCGGCACGGCGUCGAGGCCGUGGGACAAGGACCGCGACGGCUUUGUCCUUGGUGAAGGAGCCGGACUACUGGUCAUGGAAAGCCUCGAGCAUGCAAUGAGACGCGGCGCUCCGAUUCUCGUGGAGUACUUGGGAGGCGCUGUAAAUAGUGACGCUCACCACAUGACUGAUCCUAGACCAGAUGGCCUUGGUGUUUCAUCGUGCAUAAUGAGAAGCCUCGAAAAUGCAGGUGUGGCGCCGGAGGAGGUCAAUUACAUAAACGCACACGCUACCUCGACCCUUGCUGGAGACCUGGCAGAAGUGAAAGCUUUGAAGCAAGUCUUCAAGGACCCAUCCAAGAUUAAGAUGAAUGCAACGAAGUCCAUGAUUGGCCAUAGCCUUGGCGCGGCAGGUGCCUUCGAAGCCAUUGCGACCAUCAAAGCGAUCACCACCGGAUGGGUGCACCCAACUAUAAACCAGUUUAAUCCAGAACCGACAGUUGAUCAAUUUGACACGGUGCCUAAUGUGAAACAACAACACAAAGUAAAUGUUGGCAUCUCCAAUUCAUUUGGAUUUGGCGGACAUAAUUCAGUGGUGGUAUUUGCACCGUUUAAGUCAUGA